GAUUUUAUGUUUUGUUUUGUAGCAUGCUUUGUGAGUGCAAAUGGUAACUCAUUCAAAUUCAAAUCAUAGCAAUUUUUUUUGCAUGAACACAAAACGGUCGGUCAGAUGGUUAUCAAUGGUUGGCUAGAUCGGUUCGGGGGGGACCGACGUUUUUGCGAAUCUUCCAGUCAUUUGUUUCGUUCAGUAGAAGAUAAUAUAAGACUGAAGAUGAUAUCAAUGGCACCAAUACACAUACGCAUGUACGGUUGCACACUCUGAUGAAUAUGUGAAUUGGAAUUUCGUGAAAUCGGUGUGUGCUAUAUUGUUUUGAUUUCGAUUGUGAGGCAUUGAAAACGAAAAUCAUAACGAAAACGAACACACAAAACGUGUACGUAUAAACGUGUACACAAACUGAAAGUUAUAAAUCUUAUCGCCUGAGAGUGGACAACGGGUCGGAUUCUUCUGAUCUGUUAUCAUUUGUGUGGUGUUGACAGUGAUUUUUUUUUAAAGCUGCAUUGCAUUGCGCUCAACGAAAUUAUCGGACGAUAAUUUUAGUAAACAACAAAUUGUUGUGCGACGAAGGCUGAUUUUUUUUUUGUUCGCUUGAUUUUAUGUGGUUGUAGUCAACACACAAUGUUGGGGAGUAGUUUUAUUCGAAAUUCACUGCAUUACUUAAUGGCCAAGUCAUCGUGUCCACGUUGGGCAUCAACAAUUGCAGCUGCGAAUCAAUUACAAGCGAAAAAUCUGCAAGAAACUGCACUUGCCGAAAAUUGUAUUCUAGUCGAUGAAUUCGAUCGGGCAAUUGGACAGUCCAGCAAACGUGAUUGCCAUCGUGUUGAUGAAAAUGGGCACAUUAAAUUGCAUCGCGCAUUCAGCGUCUUUUUAUUCAAUACAAAUGGUGACAUGCUGAUCCAAAAACGAUCAUCACACAAGAUUACCUUCCCUGAUUGCUACACAAAUGCAUGCUGUAGUCAUCCACUGUACGAUAUUGAGUGCGAAAGAGAUGAAAUUAAUGCAAUGGGAAUUCGAAAGGCGGCACAACGACGCUUAAACUAUGAGCUUGGCAUUCCUUUGAACCAGGCGCGACCGGAGAACUUCCAUUAUUUAACGAGAAUCCACUAUGAAGAUAGCGGUGAUGGUACGUGGGGUGAACAUGAAAUCGAUUACAUUCUUUUCUUGCAAAAAAAUGUCGACUUGAUACCAAACCCAAACGAAGUCAGUGAAGUCUUCUACGUUCCGAGGAACGAUUUGGAGAGUGAAAUUCAACGAAUAACCUCAAAUGCACCGCUUACGCCGUGGUUCCGAUUGAUAUUAACCAACAAGCUGUUAACCAACUGGUGGGACAAUUUAAGUCAACUAAAGAAGCUUCAAGACCACCAAACCAUUCAGAGAUUGUAAUGGGUGUCGCUUAAUACCUCGGUCGAAACAUACCAAAUACAAAUCACCAAUACCUUUUUUAUAUAUUAUAUUCCAAUUCCACAUAGAUAAAUGAGCAUUGUUGUCGGCCUCACAUGUUGGAAUGUAUUUAAAUUAUAUGGACAAGUAUUAAAUGAUGAUGUAAUUUUUUGUUGUCUCUUUUUAAUUGGUCUUUCUGUUUAGUAUUUAAAAAAUUGACUCACAAAUUGAUUUAAAAAAAAAAACGAAGAAACAAAAACACACUAGUCUGAUAGAUGUCAAAUUAGCUUUUCUCAUUUAUGUCGCAAAACCAUACUCCAAAUGACAAUAACAUCGAACGUUGUAAAAAAUGAAUAAAUAAAAACGUCUCCCAAA